GUGCCCACCAAGAGCGCCGACAACCCGCGCAGUGUAGGCGGGCUCAGCUCAGUGCCAAUGCCGGGAACGCAAACUAACAGCUCCACUGCUGCUACUUCGGCGGCGCACUCUGUUGGCGUUCGCGGUUCUAACUUGGGAGUGAAGGCGGGCCAAAAUAAUCUUCAGCAGCAAACCGCCUGGGCACCAGCAGGAGGGGGUUUGACGUCGAGAACCACUGGCAGCAGCUCUGGUCCAGUUGCAACGCCACAGCCACUAGCUGGCAUCUUCUAUGCAGGAGGUGCACUGCCGCAGGGCGGCGGCGGAAACAGUAAGCUGAGGAGUGGUGCUGGUGGUGGUGGCAGCGUGCACCUAAACCAUCCCCAGGUUUCAUCUAGCACAACAAAUCACAGCACGCCAUCUGGUGCACAACGUCAAAGAAACGCGGCAGCUGGCACCAGUGGGACGGGCACGAUCACGACGAGCAUGAUGACACCGAGUGGUUUCCACCACUCGGUGCCAGGCAUGAACACCGUAUCACAGGGGUAAAUGAAUCACAUUACAAAUGAAUCACCAUACGGAAAAAAAAAACUUUCCAAGUACCGCAGUGCAUGGCCCGGCUCGCACGCAUAAGGAAGCGCCCAAUAUAUACAACCAAAUAACAACCUGAGACACAGCGACGCUCCCCAGGAAGGUCGCGCCUUUCUCGAUAAGGUUUGCGCUAUUUGGUUGGUGGCUACGGGGGGCGAACGCAAUGGCCAGGAGUGGAUGCUGGGGGCAUCGUGCCUGAAUAGCUUGCAAACAACUCGGGGGAAGCAUUCGCAACCCAAAAUACCAAGCACAAGCCCAUUGCUAAAGAUAGGAAAAGCGACACCAUAAAAAUGAAGUGACUACACCUCCAUACCGUCGGGCGUAGCGUCCCGAGGGUGUCGGAUUUUCUGAAAAAAGAUCAACUUUUGCCAAAAAUUCAUCUUUUUCGAAGCAAAAAAAGAGGUGCAAUCACCUUGCGUUUCGUAGCUAUCAACUAGCCCUAUGAUUCAUUUGACUCCUGCUCCCGCUUAGUAUCUGCUUGAAUCACCCCAGCAAAAAGCCGCGAUUUUUGGCAUCAAAUUGAUGCCCGAAACACGUCUUCUUCGCGUCAAAUCACCCUAGCAGAUAUCAAGUGGGUUUGGCUUUUUUUUCGUCUGAAACAGGCUGCACAUCUCAAGUGAUCACACCUCCACUGCUCCACUUCUGCCACUUGGUAACAGUAGAGUAGGGCAAAAGUAAGAAUAGUGCGCCAAUAGCACCAUGCGGGGUAGCAUUAUGCACCACGGUAUGAUGCUUUGGGGCUGGUCUUGGGGUAUCUUCUAUGGCAUCUUCUGCGCACUACAUCUCGCAGUCUUCUCCUUACCAAAAUGCGACGCCUGGGGCUUUUGGUCGCAGCCUUCUCAAGCAUUCGCCCACUGCAAUCUACCGACCAGCUGUGUCUGGCGCGGGGAAAAAAGCUGCAGGCGCUACGGCAGUUGGGGACGCUCCGAAUUUUUUGUUUUUUCGAAUAACAGUGGUUUCCACCACUCGGUGCCAGGCAUGAACACCUAUAACAGGCUCAGAUGUCUAAUUCAGCGAAUUCCAAAAAAAAUUUUUUAGGUCGUGGAAACGCGUUUCGCUUUCAAUGCUGACUCCCCCCACAAGCUGAAACAAACUGGCUAUGGCUAUCUCAUAGCUGGAUAAUUGUCUUGCCACGUGCAAGGCAUAGGCAACCACCUAGCUGCGACCUAGCUAAUCCCAUUAGUUUGAAUGGUUCCAAGCAUCCCUUUGGAGCUGCAAUAGCACCUGCUGUCGCGAUCUUCGUCCUGUUUUUGGCUUCUGCUUUCUUUUUUGUCGUACUGCUUUGGAGAAAGCUGCCCGAAAAUUGGCUCCCUAUUGGAUAUUGGUCUUCUUCAUCUCGUGCUGCUUUCGUGAAAAUUGCACAACGUAAGAAGCUUCGAUCUACCAUAAGAAAGCGCAAGCUCACCCCGGGCGACUGAUUCCGCUCGAAAGGGAUCUUCGGGGCCUCUGGGACUGCAAAGGCCCUUCUCCAGAAGAAAUGGCCGGCGGGCCCGGUCAGGUAGACAGGGCGCUGGGCGGUGGCUCCAAAUGUACCCAAAAGGACAGGACUCAGGCCAGUCCCCGGACGCUUGCGGAGAUGCGAUCUCUGGGCAAGUUUUCGCCCGAUUUCGCAAUACGAACAUGCCUGAGCCGGAUGCUGGCAGUGCAGACGAGGUGCGUGGCUAACGCGCUGAAUCGAAGCCAAGAACGACAAAAAAUACACCGGAAAGCGCACGGAAAGCAGCUGCCCUCGCUCCAGAGGGCACCUCUUGGGCCUCGAGACUCCAGUGGUAACUUUGGAACAGGGGCAGCAGCUUGCCGCGCGCUUUUGCUCCUUUGUCCGGUUCGCACCCUUUUUUUGUCGUGCAAUUCAGAAGAAAUCUGCAGGACAAACAAAAGUCGAGAAUCCAAAAGGACGAGGUUGCCGGGGAAUUGUGGCGCAACUGCACAGAUCCAUAAGGCGGCUCCCAGUCUGUGCGCCAACUAGUUCAAAGCCGGGCCUUGCGAGGGGCCAACUAGCUCAGUCCGAGGCUUCAGUGACCUAAACAAUUUUUUUUGAAAUUCGUUGAAUUAACAGUGGUUUCCACCACUCGGUGCCAGGCAUGAACACCGGCAACUCUGUUACUAAUGUCCACAACAGGCAGCAAUCGGCGCACCAGCACCAGGAUAUUCCUGCAGGAUCUAAUUCUAAUGACCAACUACUACCCUGGUCCACUACUACUGCAACGUCGACGUCGUGGUCGUCGUCGCGUCGGCCCGGAACGAAUUCGGUUAGCGGCCCGUCCCCGCCCCUCCAGCAAAUCACCAGCACCGUUGUCAGUUCCGUUCCAGGCAAAAAAGGCGCGGCUGGCGUCGGAACUGCGGGCGGUAAUGGCGCGAUUGGGAAGGGGACAGCCGGAGGUACAACAACUACAGGGAAUAGCGCUACAAGUGCUGCCAAGAACGCGGGCACUUCUUCGAGAGCAGUUGUAGGGUCGGGAACUUCUUCGACUUCCAUUCGGCUUCCGCCCGGGCUCGUGGAACAGAACAAUAUCAACAGCCGAACCCCAUCUGGGGGAAAAAAUGCAGCGGCGCAUCUGCUUCAUACUGCAUCAGGCGGCGGGAAUAGUUGUGCCUCGGACCACGGAGCAAGAAACAACAACACAACCUCAAAAAAGAACUACAACACGCGUCCUGGUGCUGGUAAAGGGACCGCGACGGCAGGUGGUUCCAAAAAUUGCAUCGGAUCGCCUGGACUUCUCGGAAAUACCAGCGCGGCUGCCGUUUCCACCUCGGGAACAGCCCAUCGAGCCAACGCGGCCUUGAUACACCAACACCAGGUACAGGUAAUUUGUGUGUGUCGUGCUCAUCAAACACGACCCGUAACUGCAGCAAUUAUCCGGGUAGAAAAAAAUUGGCAUGAUGUGCAUGUUUAAAUAUUUUUCACAGGUAGCGCUCGCCUCGCAAUCGCGUCCUCCCUCGGCGCAGAGUGGCGCCCCCGCAGCUCUGACUUCCGGC